AUGACCACUCUUCCGUUCCCGCUGAUCGAGGACAUUGGGGAGUUGUACAUGCUCGACGAUAUCUACGAUUUUCUCGGCGAGGGCACGUUCGCCUCCGUCUUCAAGGCUGUUAGCACAACGAACCGCGACGUCGUGCAGGAGAAUCAGACGGUGGCGCUGAAGAUGAUCGCCAAGCGCAACCUCUCCAGUGACAAGCUUGUGCGUGAUGUCAUCAACGAGGUGCACGUACUUCGCCAGACGGCGCAUCCGAACUGUGUGCGCUUUAUUGAGUGUGUGCAGACUCCCCUCUACGUCGUCAUCGUGACGGAGUAUGUCGAUGGCGUCGAGCUGUUCCAAGCCCUCAAGGAGCAGAAGUUCACGGAGGCGAUGGUGCUGAAUGUAAUGCGGCAGCUGCUGAGCGCGCUUGCGUACCUACACAACACGCUUCACAUUGUCCACCGCGACGUCAAGCCUGAGAACAUUAUCAUCUCAACGCACGAGGCUCCCUUUCGAGUCGUCCUCGUCGACUUUGGGCUUGCCCGCAGCUGCGAACGGAAGCGGCCGCGCAUCUCGCGCGAGUUGGCGACGCACUUCCAGCGUCAGAGGCCGAUACCGGUACGAAACAUGUCCGUCGAGUCGCUGGACUGCGACAGUCCGAUGCUGGCGACCCCGUGCGGCACGCUCAAGUAUGCUGCCCCGGAGACGGUGCAGUCCAUCACGCAGAGUGCCCAGUUGUCCACGACGAAGAAUUUGUUGUCUCGCCUCGAUGUGUACGCCGCCGGCAUCAUCAUGUAUGUCAUGCUAAGCGGCGCGCUCCCCUUCAAGAACUUCGCCAAUAAGGCAAGUUUAGUAAUGGAAAUGCGCAACUCGCUCAGCUUCGAAGGGCCUCGCUGGGCUGGCAUCAGUGCCGAGGCGAUCGACCUCAACAAAGCGCUUCUUAACUUCGACGCCGUCUCUCGACCACACGCGGCAGAGGCGCUGCAGUACCCGUGGUUCAAGAUCUACGGCAGUGCCUUGCGGCCGAUGUCAGCGGAGGAGGCACAGCCGACACCAGGUAUCCCGCUGGACUCGAGUAUCUGCGAGCGUGGGGCGAUGACGCACGCCUUCGAGGCGAUGCGGGCCACCGAGGCAGCUCUGUACUAUAAUGAGGAAGAGAUACCGUCGACAGCGACGCCAGUGACCAGCCACAGCGGUUUGCGUACACCGAAUAGCCGCUGCGUAAGCGUUCCGUUCGGCACAAGUACAGCGGCGUUCUCGAAUAGCAGUAGCACCACGACAGCCGCCCAGACAGCACAGUCUGGCUAUUUCGACUUUGCGUGA